CAAAAAAAGGGGGAAACGAUGAAACUUUUCCCCAAAGUGUCGAGCUGUCAUCGAACAUUUCCAGUUAAUAACCUUGAAAGACUACUCAUUCUCACCACGGUUCAAGGAAGCAUGUCAAGGAGAUGUUGCCCAGCUGUGCAGUCGACAAAAGCCUAAGAACAAAGCUGAUGUGAUAGACUGCCUGAGCACAGUAGUUCGAAAUGACAUUUUAAAUGAUAACACACACCAAGUAUCAAAGUCUUGUCGACAACAGCUCCGCCAGCAGUUGAUGCAGCGUCAUGAGAACAUAAUGCUGGAUCCCAGAUUGCGACAGGAUUGUUCUAAAGAUGUCAAAAAAUUCUGCGACGAUGUCAAACGUGGCCGAGGAGCAAUCAUGGAGUGUUUACGUGUUCACAAGAGGGAGCUAACAGAGACUUGCCAUGCACAGCUAUUUGCUCGUGAGCAAGAGGAGCAGAUGGACCCUGGCACAGAUGUAGUGUUGAUGUCAUCAUGCAAGCAGAUGAUCAUUCAGUACUGUCAUGAUACAAACUCUGAGAUGCUCCUCAGCUGCCUGAAGGACUAUAAAGAGAACGUAAACUUCGAUGGAAAUUGUCGUGCUCUUGUCAUCCGUCGGAUGGUGGAACAGACUACAGAUACUCGCCUCAACCCAGACCUCCUUAAAGCUUGCAGACAUGACAUGGCCAAAUUUUGUCACAAACUCUUUGAAAGGGAGAGAACUACUAAUACUGAGCUUAAUGGCUUGGUUACUGAAUGCUUGAAGGAACAACUUCCUGACAACAAGUUGAGCUCAACAUGCAAGAUUCAGAUCAUUUCCAUUGCUCGCACUGCUGCUCUCAACUACAAGAUGGAUCCUAUUCUUCUUGACAAGUGUAAAGAUGAUGUAGGUAUCUUCUUUGUUGUAUAGUUUGUAUGUGCUGUU